CCACUUUUCACAACCCACGCCGUAAUCGCUCAACCAGCCAUCCAAUCCACACACACACACAGCCAAUCCACACCAACACACACCAAUCCCCAACACUCUGUCUCCUCAAGCUCACACAUCUUGGCUACCCCCCCUCCCCAUUCAUUCAUUCAUCCCGUCCUCCUUCUUUGUCAAGGAUCGCUCACGCACCAGCCCCUCCUUUUGACAAAGCGCGAAAACGCACCGCGGUUUCCUUCCCCGUGUCUUGCCUUUUUUGGCAUACUCCAUGUUGUUUGAAGGUGUGACGUAGACUGAUACACGUUUCCUUUCUCUUCCUACGCUUCCCUUCAAAGAGCCGCAAGCUCUUUUUAUCCCACGAUGGAGUUCUCGUUUGGCGACCUCUCGCUGGAGGAGACGUCCGCGCUGAAGUCCUCUGCUGCAAAGACCUCGUCGGCCGUCAAGUUCACGCCGGUGCAGAUGCCCGGCAAUGCCGUGGCCACCAGCAACAGCAGUGGUGGCGGUGGCGGUGGCAUCACCUUCAAGACCGUGCCGCCUCGCAAGCAGCAGCAACAACAGCAGCAACCAAAGCAGCAGCAACGACAACAGGCUGCUCCUGCUGCAGUCACAACUAAGCAACCCGCCACCCCUCAACAGCAACCGCAGCAGCGUACGCCUGUGAUCACGGCCCCGCCAUCGGCAGCCAAGACCGGCACACCGGCGUCGUCUCAAUUCCCCGGCGCCGCGCCAAAGCAACGGCAACGGCAGCAGCAGAGGAAACCCAGCGCCGCCACCAGCCCAUCGCCGUCGUCGUCCACCUCGUCGCGUGCCGCCUCCACGUCAUCAGCGCCGCAGCAGAAGGCAACCAAGACGGCGUCCACGUCCUCAGACAAGGGCGCGGACGGCAACGGCAACGGCAACGGUGACGGCGACGCGGCACCCGCAACAUCGCCAACAGAGGGAAGCGCACCGGCCGCCAAGCCCAAACUGACCAAGCGGCAGCAGCAACAGCAGCGGCUACGAGAACUGCAGCGGCGGAAGAAGAAGACCGGUGCUGCGCCCGGGGACGCAACUGUCGAGCCGCACUACGCCAUGCACGGCAUUCUGAACGAGGGCAACACGUGCUACAUGAACGCACCGCUGCAGCUGCUCUUCUCCCUGCCGCACGUGCGCCGCGUGCUCCUUGGCGCGAGCGUGCCGCCGUCCACGCUGACAUAUGCGCUGCAGUCGUUCCUGCGGGAGUUUAUCAGCACGAGCCGGCUCGAUGUGCUGGACCCUCGACAGGACGUGGACCGUAUCCUUCGCGUGGCAAAGCCGCUGUCGGCGGCGGCGGUGUAUGCGGGCAUUGGCUCGCGAAACCCGUCGCUGUUUGACUUUUCGAACAUGCAGCACGACGCGGAGGAGGUGCUGACGUUUCUGCUGUCGACAGUGCACGAUGAGCUGCUCAAGCACUGCCCGACGUUCACGGGGCUGGCACCUGGGGAGCGAGACGCCAGCGGCGGCGCACGCAACGCUGAUGAUGCUGAUGCUGAUGCUGGUGAUGAUGCUGGUGAUGACGGCUGGGAGGAGGUGGGGCCCAAGAAGACGUCCGCCCGGCUCAACGAGGUGAAGGCGAAGUUGUCUGCUGUGUCGCGCGUGCUGCAGGGCACGUUCCGCUCCACCAUCGCCUACAAGUCCGGCCAGCGCUCCAUUGUUCUCCAGCCAUUCUUCGUCCUUCAGGUCGACAUCAAGCCCGAGACGAAGCGGCUAGAGGAGGCGAUUGAUGCGACGUUUUCGCCGGAGACCAUCGAGGGCGUACAGCGCUCAGGCGCCCCAGCAGCGGUGACGGCGCGGAAGCAACUGCAUCUUGAGCGCGCGCCGCCGGUCUUGCUGAUCCAGCUCAAGCGAUACCAUUUUGACGGCCAGCAGAUCACAAAGCUCACCAACCACGUCGACUUUACAGAGACGCUCACCCUCAAGCAAUCGUGGCUCAGCGUGAAGGCGCAGGCGGAGCAGGAGUGCGAAUACCACCUCCAUGGCGUUGUGUUCCACAUUGGGAGCCUGGCGGUGCAGGGCCACUACACGUGCUCUGUGCGCUCCAGCUGCGGCUGGCUGGAUUUCAACGACAAGAAGAUCAAGCGCAUUGACCCGAUGUUUGUGUACCGCCCAGCGGAGCGGGAGCAGGCGUACAUGCUCGCAUAUGUCCGCAAGGACGCCCUCCACCUCCUCGACUACCGCUGAUGCAUCAGGGAAAAGGAGAAGGCAGCAGGGGCGUGGUUAAGCGGGGAUAUGGGACAGCAGGCGGAGGCGAACGAAGGAGGAGAUGAACACAGAGAGAGGAAGAGAUAGAGAGACAGAUAGAGAGCAUGUGUGUGUGUGAGGAGACUGCCAUUUCCCACUAUCGUGUCACAUCUCCUGCCCUGUCUGUGGUUGUUCCAGUGCCGUAGCUUCAUAGCAUAUUCGCGUUUGUGUUGGAUUCAUUGGCAUGUUUUGGGACGCAUCAGUUGUUCAGUUUACAACCAAGAAGAUCAACAAGCGUC